AUAAGCAAUGGCUUCUGUAAGGAUUCAAUGUGGCUUAUUUGGGAUCUUAUGUCUACUUUCGACUCUGAGUAAAGCAGAUGCUAUGGAAAUGUACACCGUUCCUAAAGUCCUGGCACAGUGUGGAUGGAAUUUGACUCUAAACUGUGACAUAACUGCGAAAGGUGCUCUUGACAUUAAAAGAUUUCUCUGGAUGGAGAAGAAAGAGAUUUGCGAGUACACACAGAAAAUCCAAAACGGCACUGAUUUUGAAUGUAGACGACUAUCUUAUACGUACCCUGCUGGAAAAAUCUACAACUAUUCCCUGACCAUCUUCAAUAUCCAGCCGAAGCACAAGGGGACGUACCACUGCAAACUAGGCUCCAAAGAAGGCACGAUGAAUGGCAAGACUAUACUUCGAGUCCAAAACUGUGCUGGCAACAGUAGCACCAGUGUGUCUACCACUGUCGGCUCGUGCACAUUCAAAGAUGUCUACCCCGAACCCAUAAUCUUCUGGAACCAGGGAUAUGACAACCUGACCCAUCUGGCAGAGACGACGGUGACGCUAAACGAGACAACUGGACUUUACACUGCAGUUAGCACGCUCAAGCUCAAAAAGGACCCAUCCAUCCCGUACCAUUAUAACUGCUCCCUCUUUCUCAACCUGGACAACGAGAAGAACGAGACAAAGGUGGAGUGGGUGAGAUCUCUGAGCUUCUCAGAUGGACACAAGGUCAUUGGACAGUGGUUUGGCGUGAUGCUAGCGAUGGUUUUCGGGAUGAUACUGGUUUAA